CUCAAGUUCACAUUGCAUAGCAUUACAGAAGGCAAUGAGGAGUGCAAGACAGAUCGCUUAAGAUGAGCUUCACCUUGAGAAGAAGUCAGUCUCUUAAGAGCCUCUCUGGAGGUCAUAGCUCUUGGUCUACAACAGAGAUCCAGGUGUGGGACAAGAGGAGGUCUGUGUCUCAGCUUGUUGAAAAGUACGAAAGCUGUGUAGAGCUAACAGAUAUUGGCAGAGAAGACGCUUUGUUUAAGACAUCUGGCCUGAUAAGAUCAAACCAUGGUGAGACUCAAGAGAGUAAAGUUGAAACUCUCUGGAGGAGAUAUGAGUCCCUCAGUGAGGCAAAUCACACUUUGUCCAGAAGUAUUUCCAUGGACAUGCUGCCCCAGCCAGACCAUUUGGUCACUAAUGCAUCAAGGUCCCUGUUUGAGACAAAGAACGCCCAGCGACAGUACUAUGCCAGCAGCCCUCGGAUCAACGUUACACCACAGGCCAGAAGCAGCCCUGUGAGUCACAUUACCUCACCAUGGAGGGAGGCACCAACAGGGAGGGAGAAGGGUUAUUCUAGUGCUACCACUGUCAUUACCGUCAAAAAGAACAUGGCUCAUCAGAAGGACAAAACCUUUGAGACAUCGAGAAGGAGGACUUUCAGUGGGGUUCCUGGAUAUGUCACGCAAUCCUCCCGAGGAUUAAUUGAUGAGAAGAGACGUUUUAAGGCUGACCUGAAAGAAUCUUCCUAUCAAGAAUACAAACAGACUUACCCUUACUCUCCUACCCCGACUGUGAAAGACAGAUCUACCCGUUACCUGUCAAAGGUAGCAACUGCAGACUUCUCAGGAUUUACGGAAAAGCAAGGUAGUGUGGUCCACGAACACUUUGUCUCAAGUGGAAAGAAGAAACAAAAUAAGAUGGCAGAAGUAGCCAAAGAUAUAAAAGUGGCAGAAGCAGCCAGUGGAGAUGAUGAUUUACCUUCCCCUCAACCACCACUACCAUCAAUUCAGCAGGAUUUAAGUCAGAAUGUCCUUCCUGUGCCACCUCCAAAAGAAACCUUCACAGAGUUUUACCAGCAACGACAAAAAAGUGAACUGAAACGUCUUUUUAAACACAUUCAUCCUAAACUGAGGAAGAAUUUUGAUGAUGUUAUAGAUGAUGAACUGAUAGAAGCAAUAAACCCCCAAGCAGUAGAUACAGCAUAUCAGGGAGAGGUCCAAUCAAUGCGUUGGAUAUUUGAGAACUGGAACCUUGACAAUAUUGGAGGCCCACAUGAAACUAAAAAAUUACUUGAUGAGGAAAAUCUUCAUGGUGGUGAUGUGAGGGGCAAAUCCUCCUUGUUUGACCAUUCCACACUGAACGGUCAACAAACAGUUAGUGAGAGACCAGGUCUAGUUAAAGGAGACGUUCGCGCAGCCACCUGGUUAUUUGAGACGCAGAAUCUAGAUUCAAUCAGUAGAUCAAAAAUGGAGGAUGAUGAAUUUGUGGAAGUUGUACUGAAGGAACCUAUUCAGAAGGGAGAUGUGAGAGGUGCACAUCUUCUGUUUGAAUCCAAGCCAUUGGAUGCCUUAGGCCGCUUCUGUUCUGUUGAAGAUAAGCAUUUCCUAACAUUGAAAUCAGAGCUCCAGGAAAAUAAAGGAGAUGUGAAGAAAACUGUCAGGCUCUUCCAAGCAGAUCCCUGUUGUGCACUUAGGGAUAGCAUUGGCAAUGUCCAUGAGAUAAAGUCAAUUUGUAGAGAGGAAAUCCAGAGCAGUAUCUUCAAAACAGCACGUUGGCUGUUCGAAACUCAACCGUUGGAUCUCAUUAAUAAAGGAACAACUGGUGUGCAAAUCAUUCGGGGGAUCUCACUUGAGGAAGCCCAGAAGUGUGGUUUUGAAAAGAAGAGAUGGAUGUUCGAGACUCAACCACUUGAUGCAAUUCAUGAAGGUGAUGUAGAAGUACAAAAGUUCCAAGGAACAGUGGAGGACAUCUCAGGGGACGCAGAUGUUCAUAAUACACUAAAGCUUUUUGAAAACCAGCCCCUAUCAUCGCUUAAAGGAGAUUCCAUGGGUGAAAGCUUGGAGAAGGAGGCAGUUGUUGGAGGAAAUGUAGGGUCCACCCUAUGGCUUUUUGAAACACAGCCCAUGGACACUCUGAAGGACAGCUACGAAGUGGGACAUCUCACAAAAGUUGUGGGGUCGAGCAAUGAAAAAGGAGAGGUUAAAGACAAAAAGCAGCAGUUUGAGAAGAUCGGUGCUUGUAAAAUGACACUUGACAGAGGGAGCAAAGUUGAAGAAGUAGAGAGAGGAGAUGUAAAGACUUUCAAGAAUCUGUUUGAAACCAUACCUCUUUGUCAAAUCUCUGACUCUGAGAAUGCAAAAAAUCAAGUCAAUGACAUUACUGCUGUUGAUGUCAAAGGCAACCGUUCUCUGUUCGAAACCACACCAUUGUAUGCAAUUAAGGACUGUGCUGGAAAUUUCCACGAGGUAAAAACUGUCAAUCGAGAAGAAUGCAUAAAAGGGAAUGUACAGAACUACAAAUUGAUGUUUGAGACAAAAACUUUAGACCAGUUUGAUGAAGGUAAUGAAAAAGUAGAGGUCAUCAAAGGCAUUACAAGGCAAGAAGACAUGACAGGUGACGUGAGAACAGCCAAAUGGAUGUUUGAAACGCAACCUUUGGAUUGCAUACACUUAAAAUUCAAUCAGUCAGAAGUGGAUUCAACUGCACCACAUGAAGAAUUACAAAAGGGUAAUGUGAAGACAUGCAAAUGGCUGUUUGAGACACAACCAAUGGACAUUUUGUAUGACAAAUCAGAGAGAAACCAGGAUGUACAAGUGGUUCCCAAAGCUAAUGUGAAGUCACACACUUGGCUUUUUGAAACACAGCCAUUGGAUAACAUUAAAGACAAAGAGGAAUUCAGUUUGAAAUUGUGCAGUACUGCGCAGGAAGAUGUAAAAAGUGACGUGAAUGUGAAAACAGUGAAACACCUUUUUGAAACCGAGACUUUGGACAGGAUAACAAAGCGAACAGAUUCGGUCCAAAAUAUUAGAUAUGUCAGUCAAGUGGAUGUUCAGUCUGGAGAUGUCACGCAUGUCAAAGAAAUAUUUGAAUCCAAGUCACUUGAUGAAAUUGGAAGCGAGGGCAUCAAUGAGUCAAAAGUUGAGGAGCAAAACAAAGAAAUUCAGUCAGGGUCAGUCCACAAAUUCACUUGGCUGUUUGAGAAUCAGCCUAUCUAUGACAUCAGUGAGAAGGAAGAUGGAAUGACUUGCAGUGUAAAUGAUGUUGAGGGUGGUGAUGUUGGAGGCAAGAAGUUCAUUUUUGAAACAUUGUCUCUGGACAAAACCCAAGAUAAAAACCAACUACUUGAGCACCAGUCAAUGAGUGUUGAGAAGCUAAUGAGCGGAAGCGGUAAUGUUAAGUCCAGCACAAUGCUGUUUGAAUCUCAGCCUCUGUAUGCUAUAAGAGACAAAGAUGGACAGUUUCAUGAAGUUACCACAGUGAGGAAAGAGGAAAUGGCGAGAGGAGAUGUAAGAGGAACAAGAUGGAUGUUUGAAGCCAAGCCACUUGAUAACAUUCAAGCAGACAAAGAAAUUUACGUUAUUCGUGCAGUUACUCAGGAGGAUGUGCUCAAGGGUGAUAUGAAAUCAGCACGAUGGAAGUUUGAGACACAACCCCUGGACUCCUUCACCCUUUGUAAAGGGCCUUCAGUAAGGGUUGUGGAAGAUAUAGGCCAUGGACAAAAUGUGCAACAAAGCAAACAACUUUUUGAGACUGAGAAAGUAGCCCAAAAUAAGUAUGUGAGAAUGGUGAGUGUCACAGAUGUACAACAAGGUGAUGUACGAACUUCUACCUGGCUCUUUGAGAAUCAACCAAUUGAUAAUCUAAAAGGUGAGCCACAUGAGCAGAAUACCUUGAAAACUGUGCAUCGAGAGGACAACACAAAGGGAGAUGUGAAACGAUGCACUUGGUUAUUCGAGUCACAAUCCAUGGAUAAAAUAAAGAACAGUGAAUCUACUGAAGAGUUUGUUUCGAAGGAAAAAAUUCCCAAGGCAGAUGUUAAAAGCACCACCUGGUUAUUUGAGACCACACCACUGGACAAAAUCACAGUGGAAAGUGUGACAGACAUACUCUACCGCCUUUGCCAUAAUUCAUUUAUUCAUUCAAAUGGAAUCAUUAUCCAGGCAAAUGAUUCUAAAUAUGUAAACAUGGCAAAAUAUCAGUUUGUGAACGAUAUGGAUCCCAAAGUUCAAAAUGAGGAAGUUGUUGAAGGAAACAUCAGGAACAUAAUGCUACAGUUACUCUUCAGACCAAACCUGAAAUCUAAGGUUGUUCUACUUAAAGAAGAUGAACAAGGCAAGGUACACAGCACAGUGCUGGAAAUUCCAUUUCAACAGCCUAGAUCUGUAGAAAACGCAAACGCAGAAUGCAAGACUCAAGAAGCAGUUAAAAUCAUUGAGAACUUGCUAGUGCAACAAAAAGCAAUCAAGACAGGCUUGAUAAUGCAAGAAUCUGAUGGAGGCCAGCCAGAGAUGACAGUCUAUUCUCUCCUGUGUCAAAGAAGCAUGAAAACUGAGUCUCAUGAUGUCACUCGGGGAGACGUCAAGUCCACCAUUAGCAGCCUCUUAGCCACAGUCCACAGCCAGAAGACCAAAGCAUCUUGCAGAUUGGAAGAAAAUGAGAGGGGGAAUGUUGAUUUGUAUAGAAACUGCAUUGAAAAGGGUGACCUUUAUUACCUCAAGGGUCUUCAGCAGGAGCUGUCUGAUGAACCAACAUGCUCCUGGAAAGAGGAAAUUGAAAUUGUUCAAGGGGAUGUAAAGCAAGCAAAGAAACACCUUGAUCAAGAAAGGGAACAAGUUGAAAGAACCAUCUUGGAUGUCAUACCAGGAGAUGUGAAGAGCGUUAAAAAGAUUUUCUCAGAGGUCUGCACAGACCUUGAUGUUGGAAACGGCAUACCAAAGGAGGAGAUAAUCAGAGGCAAUGUUUUGUCUGCCAAGCAGCAGCUUGGUGAGACACUCAAGCAGCCCUUCAUUUUACAGAAAGAAGAAAUAGUGUCUGGGGACAUUAAAGCCUCAAUUGAAUCCUUGGAACGGGCAAAGCAACAAAGUAUGCACUUGGAACAUGAGGUCAUCAUACCAGGAACCAUUUACGAUCUAAAUGUAGAAGCACAAGAAAUGUGCUCGGAUGACAGUGAAAGAAAAUUAAUAAAGGAUGAAAUAAUUUCAGGAGAUGUUAAAGCAGCCAAAAGGUCCCUGGAGAGGGCAAAGAACCAAAGCAUAAGAGUAGAACGAGAGCCUGUUACUCCUGAAAAGUUAUGUAAACUAAACAUUGAUUUAAAUGAAUCAUCUCAGGAACAAAAUACCUCAACAGUGCAGCAGUCUACAACAUCAUCCUCAAGUAACCAGCGGAUUACUACAACAUUUCGAAAGUGACUGGCAGUGAGCAUCUGACCCUCUUGGCACUGAACUCAGAACCUAUGAUUAGUUCCAACUCGGACAAUUCAAACCAGCUUUCUAGCGCUUUUGCAAGUCAAGGCGAACAUCCACCACCUAUCCCUCCAAAAACUGGUCAUCACAUUAAAGAUCAGAAAUCAUUUAUUCCACCAAAACCAUUGCAUAUCACCACUAAUUCUGAAUAUAUUGCAGAAACCCCACAUAUUUGUCAAGGCUCAUCUGAGCCUGUUAUUAAUAACCAACAGAAUCCAGUAAUCCCACCCAAAAUGAUACCCAGCAAGAAAAUGUUCUUGCAUAAAAACAAAACUUGGAAAUUUGAAAGCCCAGAGACUUCAAACCAAAUUAAAGACAAGUUACACAACAGUAAUGAUCCAGUUGAGAGUACAAAAGAUCCUAUGGAUCUUCAAAAAAUGCAAUGUACUCAGCAAUGGGUUCAAAAUUCCCACAUGGAACAUAUGGACACCCUGUCGGUCAGUAAAAUAGAGAAUGUUGAGGAUAAUUCCAUUGCUUGUAAUACAGCGGGAAUAGAGAAAAAUGUGAUUCAGAAGAUAAAUGCUGCUGAAGAAAUCAGGAUGUAUAUGCAGAGUUACUCAAAGGACAAGAAAUAAAUUAACAUGGGAUUUAAGGUUGCACUUCAGAAUUUUGGGGAAAGGAAAACAGCAUCUGUAGACAAUAUCUUAUUUUUCCCAAAGAAAAUUAAAGUUGUGCCAAAUUAAAUCACCCCAGAACAAGCAAAAGGCUUUAGAGACAACACAAAUGGAGUUGACCUAUACUUGCCCAGACAAGAUAACAGUGGAGAGACCUCUACAUCACCUGAAAAACUGCCUGUAAAGAGCUUAAUAACCCUGAGAAGAAAGUAGUUUUGAGAGGAAAAAAAAGCAAGGAGAGAGACUGUUGAUGAGCGCUGCCAGAGGCUCUCCGUCCACAAAGAGGAGAUUAUGAGGGACAGUGUAACAGCAACCAUGGAGAUAUUUGAAAAUAUCAUGAGACAAGAGGAACUGAAAAAAAGUCUGCAUUCUUAAAGUACAAACAGUUCCUGAAGUUGCAAGCGGAAUCAUUGGAACUAAAACCGUCAGUGAGAAAUAUGAAGAGAUAGAUUGCUUCUGGAAUAAAUACUUCUCCAAAAGAUCUACAUUUGUUACAAGACAGUCUGAGACAGAAUUGUUGUUACCAAUCCAGGGAUGUAUGAAGUAGUAACUCUACCCAUUUUGCAAAGGUCUGCCUGUAAAAGCAAAGAUAGCAAAGUGUUUGUUACUUUUGGUCAUCCAAACAUAGAAAAAUAUGAAUCUGGCAGGUAAUUCCUAUUUAAACAAAAUUUUGUUAGGUUAUAUCAUAUUCAUCUCAAUAGAAAUUCAUACAUAUUAGCUUAUUAAUCCUCAUUUUUAUGUGUACAAUAAAAAGUUUUAUUGUGAUGCUUGAUCUAUUUAAUGGUGCUAUAUGUAAGAUUGACAACAAGCAUUUGAAAUGGGUGCUGCAGUCCAAAUUAAAAAUAUUGGAGAGUUGUCUGCCCCGCCCCAGAUUUGAAGCUCAUGCGGGUUGGCAGAAUGUUUACAAGCAAAUUAGCGAACCCACUAUCUGUUUUAAAGGAUUUCUGGGUAUUAAACUGUCUCCAACUUCCAUAGGCAUCUCCAGUAUUUAUACUUGUUUUACUACGCCUCUGGACAUGGUGGUUUUUAGAUGGAUUGCGAGGCUUUUUAGGUCGGGUUGAAUCUGUUAUCUUUGAUGCAGUUCGUUUGCAGCACACAGUGUUGUUUGCCUGCAAACUUGUUCAAAUCUGGCAACCCAUAAACAGAAAUUCCGGCCCCAAUGGAAACUUCAAAGUAGAAUAUACUGGCUUUGUAGAAUAUUUAGCUUUGUUAUCGGAGAAGCCAGUAUUUCAAUUUAGCAUGUUUCCUAAUUCCCUAAUGACAUAUGAAUGUCAUUUUAUGAUUUAGUACAGUAAAAUAAAAAUAUUACAAAUAGCACCUUUAAAAAAAGUUUAGUAAGAGCAAGGAUUUUUGUACUGUUGCAAUAUUUUGAUAAAUAUUUUUUGUUACAUAAACUGUAUAUUAAUUAACUUAAAAUAAAAUAUUUCAAAAUGUCUAUGUGUCAUAAUUAUUUUCUUUUGAGCAUAUACUGGUUAGACUUAACUAGUGUCUGAAAAUCAAUUAAGUCAUGUCCAUUUCUGUGGUAGAACCUAAAACUCAAAAUAUACAGAAGAACAGAUUUGACCAGAACUGAUUUGAAGUAGAAUAUAUAAUGUAAAACUUUGCAAUUAGAACUGAUAAAUAUCCUUACCAAAAAAAAUGUAUCUUAAAAAUACCAUGCCAUGUAUGUUUAAAAUACAAUGAUUGUACACAGCCAAUAAAUACCUGUAAUUUUAAAGUUUUAGGUUUGUCAUUGGAGGAUCUUCAUGCUCUGUCUACAUCCUAUCUUAUAUCAUAUACUGUAUA